AUGCCAAAACUACAGAUCCUUGAUCUAAGUUCUACUGGCAUUGAAUCUCUCCCGAUGUCAUUAUUGCAAUUGGUGAAUCUACGUGUGCUCAUUCUAAGCUCAUGCAGAGAUCUAGUGGAGGUGCCGCCAUUGGGAGAGCUGAAGGAACUCCAAAUUCUUGAUCUCUCAUAUUCUGGCCUCAAAAACUUCCCUCAAGGCAUUGCAAGCUUGGUUAAACUCAAGAGGUUGGAUAUAUCAGGGACUUCAUUCACUGCAAUUCCCUACACUAUGAUAUACGGGCUACCUAGUCUGGAGGAACUAAGAACAAUGGGGAGGAAUAGAUACGUCGACGGAGCUACUUUCAGUGAGGCUGUGAACAUGAAACGCCUGAGAUCUUUAAGUAUCGGUGUGUCCAAUCUUAAUGGCUUCAUCGCACAUGAUAUGUUCCAUCAAUGGUUUUCGGGCUUGACAAGUUUCCAUGUUAUGGUUAACUAUACACCUUUCGUGCCUGUUUCUAAUAAGCAUAUAAGCAUUGGUGAAUGUGACAAAUUACCGUGCGGGAUUGGGGGGUUGAUAAAACAUGCAUUCUCUUUAGACUUGUAUGAAAGCAUAGGUUUAACAAGUCUUUCUAAGUUCCGAGGCGAUUUAAAGAGCUUAAGAAAACUUGAAGUCAUUGAAUGCAGUGGAGUGGAAUGCAUUAUAGACUGGAGAGAGGUUGGAGAUGAUGCAUUCCAAUGUUUACAGAGGUUGGAUCUAUAUAGUUUGCCAAACUUGGAGAAGGUAUUCGAUGCUGGAGCACCUCCUCCGCUGAACACAAGCCUGCAAAACCUCAGAAGAAUAUGGGUUUCUCAUUGUGAAAAGUUAAGGAGUCUCUUCUCUUCUAGUAUGGUAGAGCAACUACAUCAGUUAGAGAAGCUUAUGAUAAAGAAAUGUAUCCAAAUGAAAGAGAUUAUAGAAGGAGACAAGCUGCCCCAUAAUUCAUUCCCAAAAUUACGCAUCCUAGAAUUGGAUGACUUACCAGAAUUAGAAAGCAUUUUCAGCCAGCGAUUUAUGUUUAUAUCUUUGGAAGAUAUGAAAGUAAUUUCCUGUCCAAAGUUGAAGAAGCUCCCCCUCUUCUGCUCAAGCAUCCAUGAAAUAAAAGGAAAAAUAGAAGGCGAGAGAGAAUGGUGGGAAGGAUUAGAGUGGGAAGACGAGAAGGCCAAGUCCCUCUACACCAGAAUUUACAAGGCUAGUUGA